GCUCUUCUAGUGGUGGUGUGGGAGGAGCUCCAUAGAAACCUUUGCAUACUAAGGGUGUGAUCUCCUUUCAGUUUCAGAUGUCACAGCACCAACAACAGUCACUCAAGCCAUGGACAUCAUAGAUCCCAUCUUGGGCAUAGCGGAGACGCUUUACUCUCUAUGUAGUGAAGUGAAAGCCAAUAAGAAGCGCUGUCAGCGUUUGGCUCAGCGCAUAAAAGCCUUGGAUGAGCUGGUGAGAGCAGUCAAGGUGAAGGGACUGGGGCAAAAGCCUUCCCUUGUGAAGAAUGUCCUAUGCGAGCUCAAACUCACCCUGGAAAAUGCCCAGGACGUGGUUAAGAAAUACUCCUGCGCCAGCUACCUGAAGCGCAUCCUGAAGGCCUACGACCAGGGAGAUGAUUUUGGGAGUUUAAAUGAGCGUCUGAAUGAUGCGGCUCAGGGGCUGUCGCUAGCCCUACAGGUGGAUCAGAGUGACGAUCUACUUCAGGAGUCUCGAGAGACGACACGAUGGAGAGAGGAUGAGGCUGACAGGGAGAGUGAUCGUCUGGAGCUGCAGAAAUUGCUACUGUCUCUGGCGGAGGACACGAAGGAAAGUGUGGACACAGUGCAUGAGAAAGUGGACUCCACCCAAGAAGACGUGAAAGACAUCAAAGCCAUGUUGGAAACCUUAAUGAAGCCCAGUAUUUUUCAUGAAGACAUCAGAGAGAUCAAGCCAGAGGAGCUGAUCUACGACGUGCCCAAAGAGCCCUUCAUCAAAAAUGACAAUUCAGAGAUAUUCAAAGGAGAGUACAACAAAUUCACAGUGGCCAUCAAAAGAUACGCCUACUCAAGUGGCACAAGCCUGAGUCAGGUGAGAAGUGUCUUUAAAAAGGAAGUGGAGACUAUGAAACGCUUUGAGUCACCAAACAUCCUGCGAAUGUUUGGGAUCUGUGUCCAGGAAGAGAACGGACCCAAUCCAAACUUCCUCAUUGUCAUGGAGUUUUGUGAGAAGGGCAGUCUGAGAGAGGUUCUGGAUUCCCAAAGGAAGCUGCCCUGGGACAGAAAGGCUCGCUUGAGUCUGGAUGCAGCACGGGGCCUCUACAGAUUGCACCAGUCGGAGGAGAAGUUUAAAGUGCAUGGAUGCAUCAACAGCAGCAGGUUCCUGGUAGAUGCUGGGUACAGAGUGAAGCUGGGAGGUUUUGAGCUGGCCAAAACCGAUACGUCAUUGAAGAGGACAAAGGAUAGCAGUAGAAGCUCUUUAUACUACAGCUCCCCUCAGCAGCUUGAGAGUAUUAAUCAUAAGUACAACAAGGAAUGUGAGAUGUACAGUUUUGGCAUUGUCCUUUGGGAGAUUGCAACCCGCAAGAUUCCCUUCAGAGACUGCUCACACAAAGAGGUGUAUCAGAUGGUGUGUAAAGACAAAUAUACUGAACCUCUUCCUGAAGACUGCCCUCAACUGUUGGGGGAACUGAUCAACGACUGUCGCUCCUAUGACAGCUUCCAAAGGCCAACGGCAGGAGUGUUAGUGGACAAGCUCCGCAAAGUGGUUGAGCAGCUAGAGGAGGACUAACAAACAGAGGUUUCCAACCCCAGAGUCCCCCGAAAAGAGGAAAACCAAGAGCGGUUAUCAACCCCAGGUCAAAGGAAGACCAAUUUACUGUCUCUCAUUCUUUAUGGGAUUAAAACUUCUUCUGGAUCGGUGUCCCAUCCAUGGGACGGUUGAGCUAAUGUAGGCUAAUGCGAUUAGCAUGAGGUUGUAAGUAACAAGAACAUUUCCCAGGA